CAGUGACCCAAAUAUCAUUCGUACAUAUACGUCGUGACCUUGGUCGUGUGUGCCGGGCAUGCCAUCUUCUUAACCGUCCAGUAGUAUAGUAGUUGUUAGUUUAUACCGUACCUAUUAGCCAGUGCCCGUCUAUUGCGCGACGUUUAAGUUCAACACCUGCACGCGUUUUGUCAGUCGUCGGUCAUGGCCGGAUGCUGAACCUUACCAAACUAUAAUUUAUUGGAAUUUACACAACGUGAUCAAUUUAAAUUUAAAAUGAAAGUAGCGCUAACUGUCUUAGCGCUCGUGACUACCUUGGAGCUGGUACUAGGCGUACCGGUUUAUGGUCCUCCACAACCAUUGCCAACUCCACAAAAGUAUAGGCCUCCAAAUGGUGCACCCAUCCCCGCCAAGUAUCCUCCUCAUCCUAGUGGUCAUUCGGGAAAAAAUGAAUUCUAUUCGAAAUUUAAUCCUCAUUCACUACCACCGGGCUUACGUGGACCCGCACCCCAACUGCCACCACCUUUUGCUAAAUAUUCUCAUCUGCCACCACCCGGCAAACAUCAACAACAGUACCAACAACAAAACCAACACCAACAUCAACAUCAACAGCAACAUCAUCAUCAUCAACAACAACAACAGCAACAGCAACAUCAACAACAACCACACCAUUCGCCUAACAGCUUAAGACCAGUAGGACCACAGUUCCAGUCGAAACCACACUUGCUGCAGAACGGCGCUCCUCAUCAUUCUCCUCAACAGGGCCAAGUUAAUAGCGGCCCUGAACAGCGGGUACAAUUAGUACCAGCACGGCCUACUCCUAAGAUAACCAACGUCUGGACGGGACCCAAAUUAUCUGGAUCACCCGAUUUCCCACCGCGUUUCCCCGAUGCCACCAACUCCCUAGCACCGGUGACUGCAGCCCCGUUUCUGGAAAAACCCAGUGGACCUUACAUAAUUAAUAGCGACGACGAGAGGGGACCUAUCAAGACUAUACCAGCACCGAACCUGAACCCAGCAGACAAACCAGCCAACUUCGAAGAACAAUUGUACAGGGCACAACACCAACAAUCGUACGUUCAACCUUUGGACAAUUCGAUAACCGAUGAAAAACCCGCGUACCAGGUAACCGAAAACCCGAGUGGUUACAAACAAUUUAACAGCCAACCGUCGUACUUCGCCCAGGACUUAGGAAUAACGUCAUCUGUCAAAGUUCCGCCCAACACAGACUCCAACUCAAUACCAACCGUUCCACUGGACAUCGCUCUGCAACAACAUUUGGAAAAUCAACAUCAUAAACAGCUGUCAGCCGAACAUAUUGGAUCCACAGAUACGUUGACGCCACAAGAGCUGUACUCGCUGCUGAACAGUAACCAAGCCGCUGCCGUGGUACCGCAGGCCACAUACAUGGUACCGCAAACUGUCAUGUACGCUGUACCACAACCACAGUCGUUGGACCCGCAAGUCGGCCACCAGAUCCAGUACCAGGCGCAGCCAGUCCAACUACAGUACGCACAACAGCCUACAGCCACAGGUGUUCAGUUGCAGUAUGCACAACCAGCCACUGCCGAUCUCCAGUACUUGCAGCCGCAAACGGUCCAAUACCAGCCACAAGCAGUCCCAUAUCAACCACAAGCCAUCCAAUACCAUGCUCAAUCUGACCACUUGCAGCAGCCGUAUCAACAACAAUCGGCGGAACAGUACAGCGCGCAAACUGCCGCUGCUGAAAUAUCAACGCAAAAACAACAACAGCAACAGGAGCUUAUACAACAGCAACAGCAACAGGAAGAGCAACAGCAACAACAGGAGCAGCAGCAGUAUUCGCAACAACAACAACAACAGGUCCAGUUACAGCAACAGCAACGUGAGCAGCUAAAACAACAGCAACAGGGGGAGCAGCAGCAGCAGUUACAGCAACAACAGCAGCAGCAAUUACAGCAACAACAGCAGCUGGACAACGACGUUCAGUACCAGCAGGAACAGGACGACUAUGAGCCCAGGAACGGCGACAAAGGAUCAGCAGAACAACCACCCGCAGCAGUGCCAGAGGACGAUGAACACGAUCAGAGGAAGUUGCAGAGCAUCCGAGACCAGUAUUACUCAGCCGUCCCCAACGAACAGACAGCUAGCGUUCUGGCGCAGAUCGCACAGUCGGCGGCCAACAACGAUGAGCCGAGCCGAGUAGCGGAUGCGGCGAAACCGGCGGAAAAAUCGCCGACCGAUCAGUCAGUACAGAUGCACACUUCGGUGCAGAUUCAACAGUCGGUGCCACUUUACGAGGGCACGUACGCGUCGUCGAGGCGCACCAACCAGGAGUAUGCGGACGAGGGCGGCGAGACCGACGAGCUGAUGGAAGGCAGCGAAUCGGUGGCCGUCUCCGAGUCGUCGUCGUCCUCGGUCAACGGACACGCUCCCAAUCAGUUCCCGUAUAGCGCGGCCAAGAUAAACGCAUUCGCUGCCAACUAGUCCUAUACAGUAUUCCCCGUCCGGAUAUGAAUAACGCGACUUUAAUAUUUGAACUAGCUCAGAUAUUAUAAAAGCUAUUAUUAUCUCUAAAAGCGACACUAUAUUAUUUUAUAGUUGAUAUUUUUAUUUUUUAUUUACUAAUUUAUUUUUUGAAGACAAAACAUCGAUGUCCGUGUCGUCAUACUGGAUCGCAGUGAAAUUUAUUUGUUGUUUGUAAUGUUUGUAUUUAUUUUUGUUUUAACUCAUGAUCGAAACGGACGGCAUCGACACUCGAUAAGCGGAUUUGUCGCACGCGCAGACACCCUAAAUUUAUUAUUUAUAUUAUUUGUAUUUUUAUACGUUUAGUUUGGUUAAAUUAAUACCUAUGCUAUUUUUUUAAGACUCAACUACAUGAACGAUUGCUCAAAUUUUAAAUUAUGACCCACAUGUCAUGGCCACGUGGCAUUUUUCUAGACAAUAAUGGGCUGAAUAUUUUGUAGAUCGACUUGAACCUGAAUUACAAAAUGCAGAGUUGAGCAUGAUACUUAAAGAAAAGUAUCAUGAUACAUGCAUUAAGUGUAUGUAUCUAGAUACUGUGAUAAACGGUACUCCAUAUUUUAUAUUUCCAAUUUAAUUGUAUUAACUAUUAAACGUCUAUACAUUAAAACGUCUUAUAAAGUCAUAAAAUAUAUUAAAUAAUACAACAAGUCAAUACACAUUAUAAAUGUAUAACUAAUACAUAACUCAUUACUCUUCAUAUCAUAGUUAAUACAAUACGGUAUAGGUACGUUAAUAGUUAAUACACAUAAUAACUAAUACACCAAAAUUAAUAAAUUACAUUUUAAUUUUUACUUAUAAAUGUGUUAAUGUGCUAUACGGUAAAAAUGAAUACAUAAAUUAAAUUUGUUAUAGUUAGUUUAGUUAGCUUAUCAGUACUUUUGUUUUUAUUUUCUAUUUUAUGUGGAAUGACCUAUACGGUUUCACUCAUAUCUAGGUAGUAGAUUCAUAUUUUAUGAGAACGAAAAUUCCAGUUUAGUUCUUAUCCGUAUGACUGUAAGAGUAUAUAGGUAUACGGCCAUACUGGCAUUUUAAUUUAAUUAAAUUGUUUUCAAAUUAUAUUAUAAUUUUAACAUUGUUAAAUUAUUUUAAGUUUCGGGUGUCCUGCAAAUCGAAAUCAAAUUUCUUGGAACUAUUCAGUACAAUUGUUUACAAUAAUAGUAUCAUGUAUUUCUUGUCAAAGUAAGAUACAUAAUACUAUAGUAUAAAAUAUAUCACGAUAGUACGAUACAUUAUACUUGAUACAAUUAUAUCUUUGAUACUGCCCAACCCUGGUUACAUGGACAACCCAUAGACUUAAUAAGUUCAAUUGGUGCAAAAAACAGUUAUGCCUAAACAUAUACCGUUAGUCCUAGGUACCACAGCAGCUCUCAAUACUAAUUUCAGUAUAGGUAACGACAUACAUAAAAAACUCAUGACCUAUUUAUUGGAUAAAUUUAAGUUAACUUGAUAUUUAUUUUAUGUGAAUAUAGAAUAUUAAUUAUAAGAAUAAAAUACACAAUUCAAAAAUAAUUUAAUCAGAAGACAUGUAAACAUUAUGGAAUUGUUCGUACAAUUUAAUAAAGAUUUACAAGAUUACUCUGUAAA